CCGCGCCUUCCUCCAAGUCAUUACUGCCGUCACAUCAAUAUCGUGUUUGCAAAACAGACAAAGCAGAACAAAACACACCACCCACACAAACUCACCCGCACCCCAAACACACAGCCACCCCAAACACACAGCCGCCAUGAGCACCGACCCCAGCCUCGACGCACUGCACAAGCAGCUCUUCGAAGCCGGCCUCGCGGUACGGCGCAGCGUCGUCGGCGACGCGUACGUGACGCGGGCGCUGGCCAACGGGGCGACCGAGUUCAGUCGGCCAGGCCAAGAGCUGGUGACGGAGUGGUGCUGGGGGUACGCGUGGACGCGGCCGGGGCUGGAGCGGCGUGAGCGGUCGCUGCUCAACAUGGGCAUGCUGAUGGCGCUGAACCGCGGGCCCGAGCUGGCCGUGCACGUGCGCGGCGCCCGCAACAACGGGCUGUCCGAGGCGGAGAUCCGCGAGGCGAUUCUGCAUUGUACCACGUACUGCGGCGUGCCGGCUGGCGUGGACGCUAUGAAGAUUGCCGAGCGCGUGCUGGACGAGAUGGCGGAGAAGGGCGAGAUGGCGAGGGAGCUGGGGGCCCCGGCCAAGACGGUCUAGUGUUGUGGUUGGCAGUCUAGUGCCGUGGUUGGCAGUCUAGUGUCGUGGUUGGUAAGGCUGUUUGGGAGUUGUGACAUGGCAUUGUGGCUAAUAUGGCCCAUGGAUUUGGCAUUCAUUCCUUUGGUUUCUAGUUGUGCAUUCACGGGUCUGGGUGGCUUAAGCAUUCACGGGUCUGGUGGCUUAAGUAUUCACGGCUACGGGACAU